AUGGCGGCGAGAUUUCAGAUCAUAGCCGUCUCCGAGACAGAUUUGUGAGAAUAAGGGACAUCAAACAGUUUCCGAGCCGGCUGUCCUCAUUUCUCACUGUUUGCCUCACAUCUCCCUCGUUUCUUUUCAUUUUUCGGCGGGAGUGGUCGGGCGCCACCCGCCCGAGGCCCACGCAGCCCACCCUGCUCCCCGUUUGCGAGUCCACCUGACCGCCCCUGAACCUCCCGUCAGACGCUGACAUGCCCCUGAUGCGCAUGUUGCAUCCCAUUUCCUCUUUCCGUCCCUCCCGGCGCAAUGUAGUCGUCUGCCUGGCUUUCCCAAGGCACCCACUACUGCAUCCGCCGUCUGCAAGGUCCCCAAGUACAGCGCCGGGGCGACCGAUGAUGCAGACCCGUCGUCAUUCUUCUGGGUCUUCGAGGCCAAGGCGCCGCACGGCGAGGGGUUCAGACGGCGUCUGGCCAACGACACGCGAGCGCUGCUGGGCGAGGAGGUGCCCAUCGAGUACAUGUCGGAGGAGCAGGCUGAGGGAACACACCUACCACGGCUGCCUAACCCACCGGUCACGAACCUUGACCGGACGCAUCCAUCCAUCCAUCCAUCUAUCUUGUGUGUGUGUGUGUGUGUGUGUGUGUCUGUGUGUAUGUGUGUGCAGGGGGCACUUGCGGCUGCGGCUGCUGCUGCUGCUGAUGGUGGUGGUGAUGAUGAUGAUGACGAUGGCAACGAGGAUGAAGUCGAGGACGAGGAGGAGGUCAGAGGAGAGAGAUGGGAUGGGAUGGGAUGCCACACACAUACGCUCUUGCGUGCGUCGUGUGUGUCAAUGUGUGUGGGUAAAUGGGCGUGUGUGUUUGGCGGCAGGAUAACGACGACGAAUACGAGGACGAGACUUCCAAGAAAUCCAAGGUCAGCCAGACACCUCACGCACAAAACAAUGCACCCGUGACAUCCCCCUCCCUCUCUGUGUGUUGAAUGAAUCAGACGGCAAAGGCCAAGCGCACCGAUGACCCAGGUUACUGCCGACUCAGAAAGAACUGAUGCUUGCAGCAAUGAGAGACAUGCACACGUGUGUGUGUUUGUGUGAAAGAGUGGAAGCCCAAAUGCCGCGGCCCACAAACCAAGGGCCCCCGCAAGCACUCUAAAGCGAGAGUAUUUCAUUUUGUAUUUUGUGAGACUGCAGUCUUUGCAGCUAUCUGUGUGUAUUGUCUAUGUGUGUUCGCAGUAUCAGAGUGGUAAAUCGGGAGUGCUCUACCACGAGAAAGACAACGCCUGGAUCGCCAAGUGGACCGAGAGGGGCCGGUACCGCUACAAGUCGUUCUGCAUCAAUUCACUUGGGUUUGCCGACGCGCUGGUCAGUUUGCCAACAACACAGCCCACGUGAUAGAGAUGCAAGCCGGCCUCUGCAACUUGCGUGCCUCUUCUCUGUGAUCAGUUCGCUGACGAUGACGAUGAGGAUGUCGACGAGGACCAAGACGGGGACGAGGAGAGUGAGGAGGUCAGAAAGAAAGAACGAGAGAGAUGGGAUGCCACAUACAUGCGCUCUUGCACGCAUCGUGUGUGUUGAUGCAUGCACAUGUGACAUUUCAUUUCCUCUUUCCGUCCCUCCCGGUGCAGCCGGCUGAAAACGAGGAUCCAGAAGGUAUGCGCCCAUCCGUGGAUGUGUUUUGGCGCGUGCGACCAACUCAGUGCUAAAAUCGCACCCAAUAACAUCACCUGGUGCACGGGUUUCUGGCCAACCAGAGUCGGGUUAUUUCGGUGGCAGCAAAUACAUCGAAGCUCAUGAGGUGGAGGUGCUGCAUGCGCUGUCGACACGAGCCACGGAGCCCGAAGAACCUAUCACAACGACAGUCGCACCUGCAUCGACGACAAACGGCUCUGCGUCACCGCUGAAUGGCUCGUCCCUGUCAGCAUCAGAAUAUGAGGGCCUCCGUGGCCUCCUGGGUGACAACAAGAACCUGACUUCGAUCUACCGGUAUGGCUGUCGGUCCAGACGGGUGCAGCCAUCUAGGCCACAGACACGCGUGUGUAUAUGAUGGCUGUGUGUCUGUGUGUCUGAUUCGCCGGACUUGUGUAUGUGUGUGGCUGGCAGGUCGUCUGUGCACACUGAUCUGCUCGGCCGCUUGCGCGCGACACGUGGUGAUUGGUCGGGCGGCCGUGGGUGGCCCUGGUGAUGAGACGUGAGACACACAGCUCUCUUGGAUGGACUCCGCUUUGCCGUCUCGUGUAUGCCUCAGCUGGGUGGUCUGGCUGGUCUGGCACAUACACCCACUGGGUGUUCCUUGUCCGCAACGCCCCGUACGUGUUCGGCGCCUAUAUCAGAGACCACAAAUAUACAGGCGUCGUAGACUCUAUCUUGGACGGCCAAAGUAGCGAAGGAUAUUUCGAGCUUGGGGAAGAUGAUAUGUGGCACUUCUCACUGGCGGGCCACUUCGAUGGGCCGACAAAAAUUCGCCCACCACUUUGGGUCGAAAACUACGGCACGGCCUACUUGGGAGUUGAUACUAGACAAGUUAACAUUCAGCUAACGGUGCGCUGGGAAACAUCAACCUGCAGUGGGUUGAGCUUUACUGUUGGUGAGAAAGGACAUGAAGGGUAUGGGACGGACAUCGAUUAUUCUUGUUUGCGGGGUGAUUCUGCCGAUGUUCGCCGAAGCCAAUUUAGCAUCCAUCGUAAGCGUGUGCCUGAGGACUACAAGGGGGUGAGGAGCGACUUGGGCGAUGCUUAUCUUGGCGGCGCGCUCGCCUUCACGGCUGAUGAGGUGGAGGUGCUGUAUUUGCUGGAGGAGGACCCUUUACCUGCACUGGAUAGCAGUGGGGGGACAAGUAUGAAGGGGUGGUCACUGUGGGGCGGGGUGAUGAUGGCGAUGCUCAUCUGCCAGUGGGUGGCCAUGUGAAUGUUACAAGCCGUGUUUUCAGCGGUCAGGCGUUUGCAAGUGUGUGCUGAGGGAGGGUGUGACCCGAGUGCUGUUUAAUGAGAUGAUGGUCGUUGGCCUCGUUCAUGUGUGUGUGUACCGGUUGUUUGUGAAGCAAGUCGAGAAAGAAAUACCGAAAUACCUGUGCGCAGGUAUACUGGGCGGGGCGUCUGUGUGUGGCCAAGAGAGCUGCACGUGUGUGUGUGUGUGUUGGCUGAUGUCGUGAGCCAUGAUGGGACAGAGGUCACGUCAUGCUCGCCUUAUGCUCCUUCACGUGUGUCGCGUUUGUGAGGCCGUGAUGUCUUUCCUGCCUGUUUGAAGUGGGUAGGACGUGUCUGUAUGAUAAGUAGACAGACUCACUCGCGUGAGUAUCGUGACAGUGUGA